UGACAAAGCAAACCUACUCGUCUGAGCGACCCGACAACAGCUAGUGUACUGACGAAUACUCAUCAUGUUCUAACAUGGCCACACACAGCGCACUCGGAGUCCUCAACUCCAGAUCAACUGCCGCCAAGUUCCAAUAGCUUCAAAGUGUUUGACCCGAGGACUACGUGGAAACAGCUGGGAGAUCACUUCCAUUGCAAAAGACUUUACGCAAGUAUUUACCAAACAUUCAUUUGACCGAUUUCGCUUGCGAUGAAUGUUUGCUAAUCUGGCAGCACAACUGGAGAACACUUCCAAUGAUUGCAAAAGAAUUUAUGCAAACAUUCCUGGGAUCCGAAGAGCGAUUUCGCCUACAAGGAAUGUUUGCUAAUGCGACAUGCGACCUGCCACGGCCAUGGGAAUUCAAUCCACGCACAAUCUCUACUGCACUUUGUGUUGUACAAUCUCAAACAAUGUCAGCCAGCCGCUAUGUCAGAAACUUGAUUUUUCAGUCAUACAACCUCGGAAAAGUGUCGGAUCUUGUGCUCACGUUCGAAGACGUAGUCUGGAAGGUCGACACAUUCGGAGCGAAGGGCUCAUAUGAGACGACAGCGACCUACAGGAACCAGCUUGCUGUCACCAAACCAGAGGUUAUCAGUGGGAGGGUCGUCGGCGCUGGACCCUUUGUCGAUAUUGACGUCGGCCAACAUACCACCCUAAUCAAGGCCGGUGACGUCCUCCACUUCUCUGAUCCCGUGGUAGGACGGGCUGGUGUCCUGAUGAUCACCAAUCACGCUGGGACGGAUGAAGACGUGGGAAUCGGCUUUCAAAGCGCCGAAGCGUCCUUUCCUACGACGAUGAAGUACUUCCCCAAGCUUGGAAACAACAGUACCAUUGUCACAACGGCCACUCCAAGGCUGCGCGGCUAUGUUGCAUCAGGUUAUCAAGAGGGUGAAAUUUUGACAGGUGACAUUCCUAGCACCCCCUUGUUUGUGGAAAAUCUCGCCGAACUUCCUGAGACCACUAUCUGGAACCUCACGUGGGAUCCAGACACUGAAGAAUACGCGAUCACCCGGGUGCGUAAUGAAGGAACCUUAGAAUCGGCCGAGUCACUUGAUCACUCAGUACUCAGUCGCUAGUCUUGUAGAAUGUCGCUUGUGUCUCAUGUUAACUCCGAAUUGUACAAUGUAUCGUGUUGAAUCAAGUUUUGCUUCUGGG